AUGCCUGGCGGCUCGGAGCCUGUGAGUUUUGAAGAUGUGGCCGUGCAUUUCACAGAAGGGGAGUGGGCCCUGCUGGAUCCAGAGCAAAGAGCCCUCUAUGAGGAGGUCAUGCAGGAGAACUACAACGCCGUGGCCUCCCUGGCCAGAAAUGCAGGAUACCCAGUUCCAAAGCCAGACCUGAUCUGCUUUGAAGGAGGGGAGGUGAUUUGGCUACCUGAGCCGCCAAAGAUCGCCGAGAGGCAUGCGGCUUCAGUCUCCAGCUCAGGAAAGGAAUCCCAUGAGUGUUCAGAGUGUGGGAAAAGCUUCAACAAUCCUUUACGCUUGCUGAGACAUCAGAAGAUACACACAGGUGAAACUCCCUAUAAAUGCUUGGAGUGUGGGAAAAGUUUUACCUCAAAGAGCCAUCAAGAGAAACAUCGAAGAAUCCACACCGGAGAGAAACCAUACUCUUGUUCAGAGUGUGAGAAGAGCUUCAGCGUAAAAUCAAGCCUUCAUGAACAUGUGAGAAUCCACACAGGAGAGAAACCGUACGAAUGCUCGCUCUGUGGGAAGAGAUUCAGGCAGAGAUCGCAUUUUGCUAAGCAUAAGAAAUUCCACCCAGGAAAGGAAUCCCAUGAGUGUUCAGAGUGUGGGAAAAGCUUCAACAAUCCUUUACGCUUGCUGGAACAUCAGAAGAUCCACACAGGUGAAACCCCCUAUAAAUGCUUGGAAUGUGGGAAAAGCUUUGCCUCAAAGAGCAGUCAAGAGCUACAUCAAAGAAUCCACACAGGAGAGAAACCAUACCAGUGUCUGGACUGUGGGAAGAGAUUCAGUCAUCAAUCAAACCUGCAGGUACAUAAAAAAAGACACACUGGAGAGAAACCCUUUAAAUGCAUGGAGUGCGGCAAAGGCUAUAUUACUAGUUCAGGCCUCAUAAACCACCAUAAAAUCCACACAGGAAAGAAACAAUCUGAAUGCUCAGAUGAGGGGGAAGGUUCCAGAAAGAGGACUGACCUGCCCCAAUUCUCUGAAGCCGGGCGCGUUUGGAGCAGGCGGGGAGACGCGCGCCCCAUGCCUGGCGCCUCGGUGAGCGCUUCCCUCUGCGUGCCCCCCUUUUGUGCCGAGAGGAGCUUUGGUCUCCUGAAGUUGAACUAUUCGCUGAUGAAGCCGCCAGCGUGGCGAUGUGGCGUGUAUUUCACAGAAGGGGAGUGGACCCUGCUGGAUCCAGAGCAAAGAGCCCUCUAUGAGGAGGUCAUGCAGGAGAACUACAGCGCCGUGUCCUCCCUGGGUAAGGGUCCUUAA